AAUUAAGGGUAUAGCAGUUAAGAAACCAAAUAAGUACUUAGGGCUAUAUAAUGAACAUUCCACAAGCGCGACACAAGAACCCUCUCAUGGAAGAGCUGGAUUUCCUCAAGCAAAUACAGGAGGACCGUAUGUCUUUCAGCGCAAGCCUUACUUGUCAUGAACGUUGCGUGGGAAAUUACUGGCUGAACAAUUUCUAUUGGAAGGAGAAAUCUUGCAUGCAAAACUGCUUAGAAAAGAUCAACCAAGCGACGAUAAUCACAAAUUUGAAUUAUGAAAGGUUUCAGCAGACGCAACCUAAAAAGUAAAAAAACGCAGGAGCAUCUUUUUAAAAGAAAAGGUUUUUCAUGUUGUUUUAUCAUAAAAUAUCUUCGUUUGGUGUGAGGUAUGCCUGUAAUCUGCACCGUUAAUUUGUUAUUUGUGAUGAAUGUGGAUGUUUGCCGUCCCUCCGUUGUCAUUCGUAUGUGUUUGAUUAAUUUAUCAGACUUUAACGUGGGAUUCAUAAGUCUCCUAGUCACACCAUACCCCCCAAAA